AUGGGGAAUGGCAUGACCAAGGUACUUCCUGGACUCUACCUCGGAAACUUCAUUGAUGCCAAAGACCCGGAUCAGCUGGGCCGGAAUAAGAUCACACACAUCAUCUCCAUUCAUGAGUCACCCCAGCCUCUGCUGCAGGACAUAACCUACCUUCGCAUCCCAGUGGCCGACACCCCUGAGGUACACAUCAAGAAGCACUUCAAAGAAUGUAUCAACUUCAUCCACUGUUGCCGCCUAAAUGGGGGGAACUGCCUAGUUCACUGCUUUGCAGGCAUCUCUCGUAGCACCACUAUCGUGACGGCAUAUGUGAUGACUGUGACUGGGCUAGGCUGGAGGGACGUGCUUGAAGCCAUCAAGUCCACCCGGCCUAUUGCCAACCCCAACCCGGGUUUUAGGCAGCAGCUUGAAGAGUUUGGCUGGGGCAGCUCUCGGAAGCUUCGCCGGCAGCUGGAGGAGCGCUUCGGUGAAAGCCCAUUCCGGGACGAGGAGGAGGUGCGGGCGCUGUUGCCCCUGUGCAAGCGCUGCCGGCAGGGUUCCGCGUCCUCCGCCGCCUCCCCCGCGUCGCAGUCCUCAGCCUCCGAGGGAGCCCUGCAGCGCCUGGUGCCGCGGACGCCCCGGGAAGUCCACGGGCCGCUGCCGCUGCUGGCGCGGGUUAAGCAGACUUUCUCUUGCCUCCCGCGGUGUCUGUCCCGCAAAGGCGGCAAGUGA